AUGGCUACCAUCAUGAAUUUAUCCUUCCACCCACUCUUACCAUCUGUCUGUCUCUGUAUGCCCACACCAUCAUCAUCUGUAUCUCUAAGACCCAGCCAUACUCUCUCCCACUCCUGGUCUGUCUGUCAAUCACUGACCCUCACCCAUCUCUGUCUGUCCCAGUCUGUCACUGCAGCUACCCACUCCCAGUCUCUGUCUGCUGUCACCCAACUGCUCCCCACCACCUGCUAUGUUUCUGUCUGUCAACACCACCCCCACCCUUCUCUGUCUGUUAGUCUUCUGUCUCUCUUUCAACUCUCAAUCUUUCUUGUCUCUCAUUUUCUCCUUUGGUCAACCUUUGAUAAUCUUUCUAACUUCCCUUUUCUCUCUUGUAUCAUCCUCUCCCACACACACUUCUCUGCACACCCUUAUCUCUUUCUCACACCUCUGCCUGCCCAGCCUCUAUACCCUCCACACUUUUAUUCCUCUCCAUCUCUCCUCCUCCCUUUCUAUCUAUCCCCCCAUACAUUUUAUUAUUCCUGUUCUCUCCCACACACUUCUACUUACCUCUCAUUUCUCUCUUGA